AUUCUACUUCCACUUUCGUUUUCGCUCAAACACUAAAACUAAAGACUAACUAAAGACAAGUAGUAUUUAGUAUAACUUAACUUAGUUAUACCAUAUGUAUGGCUGUCAAAAGUAAUUGAUAUACUUAAACUAAAAAUAUGUUUUCCUUUGUGUAGCAUAGCUUAAUGCUUUUGCUUACUAUUAUUACUAUUGAACUAAACUUCAAUCAAUGUCAAUGACAAUGGCUAGCUUCACCAGAAUUCUCGUAAGACUGAAAACAGCGAAGUCUGCGGAGCCGAAAAUUGCGGAUUUUUCAGAAGUAAGUCCAGUUUGUGUAAGUCACUGUAAGUUUUUAAGUCUUAACUCUUAUUACUUAGACUUAACAAAUCUUUAAGUCUUGUCUAAGUCAAAAUCUAACUUACCCUUUAAAUGUAAUGUAACAGUAACAGCAGUCAGUGGAGUCACUACUCACACUCGCACUUUCACUUAAUUUUAUUUUUUUAUAAUAUUCAUUAUACAUUUUACAAAGUCAACUAAGUCUAAUACUACACUUACACAACCAGAUUUUACAACCACAUAUAAUAAUUUGAAGAGAUAGCACCCAUGGCCCAUGGGCGCCCGCAGAAAACUUUCAAAAAAAUCGAUUAACUUUCGAGGGGGGGGGGAAUUUUAGUAAUGUUUUAAUGUAGUUUUAAUUUACUGUAGUGUAUUUGUGUGGUGAACGAACGGACAGGACAUCAGCUUAGUUACUUUCUCUUUAUUUUCUCUUUACUUUAAUAAAUCUUUUGUCUAUUUUUGUCUAAAAAAUUUUUAUCCAAUCAAUCCAGGGGGGGUUUAAGAAAUAUACAAAGCUAUGACAAAGUGUAGAGGAAAAGGCAGUCCUCCCUGUAUUUCUCUUAUUAUAUAUAUAAACUUAAAACUAUAAUUAGUUUGAUGACAUUAUAAUUACAUGUAAUUAUCACUCAUUAUCAGAAUUACACUUCACUAAUUUUGUUUUAGGGGGCAGUGACGUAGCUAGGGUUGUUGCUACCUGGGGUGGGCAGACAAUUUUGCCACCCCAUCCACAGAAAAACUGUGCACUCCCUUCUUAUGCCACUGCAAGGGAGCAACAGCAACUGACGGUGACUCAGUUUUUUUUCAGAUUUGUUCCCCAGCCACCCCCAAUCGUCACAAAAUGUUACACCCACCCUCACUCAAAAUAGUGUCAUAAACUUCUACCCCCCCCCCCCACCCAAUAAAAAAAAAAAAACGUUACCCCCACCCUCACCCAAAAUAGUGUCAUAAACUUCUACCCCCCCCCCCCCAAUCAAUUAAAAAAUAACAAUGUUUCAAUUCAAAAUCAUUUUUAUUGUCAUUGGAGUAUAUAUGUAAUGUUGCUCUGAGAUCUGAUUUCCUGCUGCAUUUUCAAAAUAUUUGCUGUUCCAAUCUUCAUCUAAUCAACAAAAAUUUAAUAUUUGCAAAAAUUCGAUUAAAUAUUCAAACAUUCUUUUUAAAAAUUAGCAACUGGUUGGUUUUCAGAUAGGAGGCCUAAAUUUAAUUGUUUAAUUGUUUAAAUUAUCGGCCAACUGCAGAGUUUUUUUUCAUAGAAGGGUGCGGCAAAAAUUUUGGCGCGCCACUCGCUAGCUACGCCACUGAAAAAAUCAAAAACAAUCAUUUGUAAAGCUUUUUAAAAUACAAGCUUUAAAAAUAAGAGGCCUUUUUAUUUUUAAAAAAACAAAGUUUAAAAUGUAGUUGCGGUAUAUUAAAAGUUAGGUUGUUUUUUUAAUCAAUUAAAUUAUAUAUAACAUUUUUUUUACAAUUCAGUGUGUUUUGUCUCACUUUGGAUUCACCAAUGAUUAUGGCCAACUGUAUGCAGAUCUGCGAGAAAACUUUCUCACUUUGUGUGACACAGCUCGGUCAGAAGAAGAUAUUAAAAUUCCAAUAAAGGUACGGUACGAAUCAAUUAGCAGCAAACUGACCCUUUUCUACUGACUUCAAUACAUUUAAUUUAUCCAUUGUAAUCAUUAUAGUAAUUAACAGUUCUUCUGGGGCACCACAGUGGAACCUCCGGUUAAUGAACUUAAUCCUUUCCGAGAUGCGUUUUUUAAACUAAAUUGUUUGCUAACCGAAAUUAUUUCUCCCAUUGAAAUCAAUAUAAAUAUAAAUUCAAUUAGCAUGUUCCAGCUUUGGAAAUAUGGUGUUUUUACAUUUGUAAUGUAAGUAUUAUUCUAUACUAUAAAUAUACAUUUUUAUCUGAACUAGCAGCCAUGUCUUACAACACUAUGCAUUCCACUUCUUCAGCAGAAUGCAACCAACCACCCUCUACUUCUCCUCGCCUUAACUUUAAAUUAACACCUUCAGUCUUCAGUUUCUGAACUUGUGGUACUCCAUUGUUUUGGCCAGCUAAUCACUGUGCAACUUCCUAACCAUUUCACAAAUUAUUGUCUCGCUAACACUAAACACUAUCUACAGACUACAGCCAGCUGUUUUCAUUUACCAGACUAAUAAAAGUUUUCUAAGUCACCCCUUUAGCCACAGCAGUCACCUUUAUUGCCUCUUUAUUCUUUAGAAUAGUUCAAAUCGUCAAUUUCAUUAUAUUGUAUAGUAUUGCUUGGCUUCUGAAUGAGGCGGACAUCUCUGGAACUACAUUUCACUGGUUUACUUCUUAUCUGGCUGACUUGUACUGUAGUGAAUCACGCAUCUUCCAUGGACACUUCCCUUACCUGCGGCUUGCCACAGGGCUCAGUUUUAAGUUUUAGGACCUAUCCUAUUCUCCAUGUACACUAGCCAGCUUGGCAGAAAUAUUGAAAGUCAUGGUAUAUCCCGGAAAUUAUUUGUAGAUGACACAGAACUGUACAAGUGUGCUGCUGCUGUUCAGGCUGUAGAGAACUGCUGUCUUGUGGUGAAAUCAUGGAUGGCAUAAAGCAGAGUUAAAUUAAAUGAUGAUAAGACAGAGGCAAUUAUAUAUGGUUCUGAUGCUAAUCUUCGGAGGUCGUUGUCACAUCAAUAAAAGUUGGUGUUUCUGAGAUACCCUUAUCCAACACUGUUAGAGACCUUGGCUUCUACAUUGACAGUAGACUUACAAUGAUCCCUCAUAUCAGUUCUGUGGUCAGAGUUUGUUUCUGUCAUCUGCGCGCCCUGGGUCAGCUGCGUCCUCAACUUAAGGGAACAGCCAAUGCUGUAGCAGACUCUCAAUCAAGAUUAGACUACUGUAACUGUAAUAGUUGUUUGUCUGGUUUACCUCAAAACCAAAUUCAGAGACUCCAGAAGUUACAAAAUACUGCAGCAUGCAGUGUAUUGCUUAUAAAAAAAUGUGACCACAUCACAUUGAUCACAAAAUUCUGUCCCUGGCGUACAGCUGUAUGGAAAGCUCUACACCUGAAUAUCUUCAAACACUGAUAAACAUGUAUCCUUACAGAACCUGCGCUCUUUAACACAGUCCUUACUGAGGGUUCCCAGUGGGGAUGGACACAGAAAGAAGUCAUGCGCUCUUUUGAAGCUCCUGAUCCUAAAUUAUGGAACAUUUUGCAUCAAUCUUUGAGGGAAAUUGAAAAUGAUAAAAAAUCAUUUAAGAACCAUUUGAAGACAUUUUUUUUCAAAAAGAUUAUAGGACAUCAAAGCGCUGUGAGCAUGCUAACACUAACAUAGCAUGGACACAACCCUAUAAAAGUAUUCAGUCAUCAUCAUCAUAUAUGGGAAACACAAAGCCAAAGGCCAUUGUCAUGUUAUAUAAUUUAUUUCUUUACUUAUGCACUAACAUGAUGCCUAUUAAAAAGACUCUUCUCAAUAAAUUAAAUUGAGACACAACAAAAAAUACUAUUAGUUGAAAAAAAAAAAUUUGUAUUGUGGUACUAAUUGUAGUUUUUAAGUCUACCAGCGUCACACCAAGAAACUGAAUCAUUUUCACACUACUAGCAAGCCACCUACGAGCUCACCAUAACCCAUCCGCCCCCUAACCAGAUGACUCGAUGGUCCUAGUCGAUUUUGACGGACGAACAACAACAGUUUUUUUUCACAUCAGUGAGAAACAGGAAACUGGUACUUUUCUGACCAAAUGACAUUAAGUUGAGGUAUUAAGUUAAAAUUAUCAUCAAAACUGUUUACAAGUGCUCAUUAUCAAGCUGCUCUGUAGCUAGAUAUUACAUAUUGCAUUUCUGAAGAUGUCUUCUCACACAGGUAGGUAGUUCCAAGACCGAAACAAAUCCAUGAGCAAAAUCAUUGAUAUGAGCAAAUGGCAUCGAGAUCUGUAAAACAGUCUGGAAACUUGUCAAAUCAGAAUUCACUCCUGGCACAAACUCACAUGGGAAUGGGGCUGUUGCUUCUUGUGCGAAUGUUUCACAGCAUGGGAACUAAGUAAAGCAACCCCUAAUCAACACUUAUUGAUUGAGCUUAAACUUCGAAAUGCACUUUUUUUUUCCAAAUUUAAUUGGGGGAAAAUUACAUAUAUAUACCGGUACUAUGAAUCUAUUAACAAUUGUCCAUCAGAGAAUAACAAGAAGCUGGAUCUUCUUGAUUUUACAAUGUAAUUCUCUCCAAUUACACAUCUGCAUUAUACCAACCAUCCAAGCCUUCAAAACUGCCCUCAAGACGCAUCUCUUCAAACUCUACUAUUCCGAGUCAUUCUCACCCCACCCCCCACCCCCCCGCUGCUGGGUGCCGACCAUGGACAGAAAUAGUACUUGGGUGAGGUCAUUCUUAUUACAAAGCUGUUUUUAAAUGAAUAAUUUUAUAUACUGUUUUUUAAUGUCACGUUUCUUUUUUUUCUUUUUGCUAAUUUUUAUGUGAAGCGCUGUGAGCCUAGCCCUAGGCUGGGGAACCACGCUAUAUAAGACCACUUUAAUAAUAAUAUAAAAUAAGGGCAAUAAUAAAAAUGAUUUAUGUUGAUGCUGAAUUUGUAAAUAAAAACUUGAAAUUAUUACUUUCAGUUCAUAAGCUCCUGACAGGCUGGAUAAACCGAAGCUGUAGGUUGGGAAUCUAGCCCGAGGGUUGUAGUUUGUUGAUCCCAGAGGCUAAUUAUGCCGGUCUAGCGCAAGUUUCAAGAUUUGGGCGACUGAGUAGCGCUCGCUUCUAUUUUUUUACUCAUAAAAUAAUGAGCUUUCCUUCGUCCCAAAAUCUAAAUUAUAGCUUUAUCAUAUCAGCAAAAAUGAUAACUAAUGAGAAUAGUAUUAGUAUGAUGACUUAACUAAAGCUCCAAGCUAAAAAGUUUUUAAAUGGUGACCAGUUAAUUGGUAAUCGGCCAAUUUGCUAAUCGGUGCAACCCUACUUAAUAUUAGUAUUGCUAGUGCGAUGUUAAGCGAAUUUCAAUUGUGAAAAAAAUACAAAGCAACAUAGUAUAACAAUAAUUACACACACACAAAUGUGUGAUGUGAUGACCUCUGGCAGCGUUAGAGAUAUAAAUAUGUUAUUAUAGGACAAUUAUUGCAGAAUUUUAAAAUAAAUUUAGGUAUUUUCAGCCGAGGACACCCCCCUCCCCCCCCCCCCCCCUUUUUUUUUCUCCGGCCUUACGAAUUCUUAUGCAAAAUCAACACCCCCUCAGUGCAUACGUAAUAUAUAUGGAUGGCCCCUAAAUUGAAUAAUUAUUAAUUUUGAACUAUUGAAUAUCACCAGCAUCCUGCAUUUUGCCCAGUACUUCAUCAAACUGCAAAUACCGCAUCAUUGUUACAAGAUGAGAUAAAAAAUUGUGGUGUAGAUGUUGGUGCAGCGAUUAUUUUGGAAUCCAGUGAUGGUAAAGUUCUCCUCACCCGUCGUGCACCUCAUUUACGUAUUUUCCCAGGACUUUGGGUACCACCAGGUAGUUCUUUCAACCAGCAUUGUCUUUAAUUAGGAUCUCUUUAAUUAGACUGGUUUGUUUACUCCCGUGUUGUUGUUCUGUUGUACUACUGAUGAAGGCAUCAACCAGAAUGUGUAUACUUUUAUUUUAUCUGCAAAUAAUUAAAGCUUACAUACACCUCUUUUUUUACUGCACACAAAUUGUUUGUAUCUUAUCAAUCCUCUUGUCUUGCACACAUUUUGCAUUACCUAUUUAUUAUAUUAUUAUAAAUAUUACUUUGACCUCUCUUUUUUUUUUUUUACAUUUUAAUGAUUAUAUAUAUAUUUUUUAAAAUAUGCCCAAAGAUUAAAUUGUAAAAUAUACAACUAUCACUAUCAGCUCUUCAUUUUAGAGUUAAUUAUCAUACUCCCAGUAUACCAUUGUCAUUGACAUAUGAGAAAGUCUUCUUUCUUCUUCAGGGGGUCAUGUAGAAGAAAAUGAAAGUGUAAGUGAAAGAACUGAUUAUUAUUAUUAUUAUUAUUAAUAAUUUUAAAUUUUUGUUUUAAAUAAGCUGAGGUCUACAAAUAAAGUAGGCUAUGCUUUUCAUUGAUUUACUGCUAUGUUUCUUGAUUUUAGUUAGCAGAAGCUGGCAUAAGAGAACUGCAAGAAGAAACUGGAAUAGACUUAAAGAUUAUGGACUGCAAAAACAAAAAAUUUGAAAUAUUAGGAUUGUGGGAGGUAAGGGAUAGUAUAUUCAUUUUUUUUUAUUUGUGUAACAUUACUAACAGCUUUUCAAAACUAUUCAGAUUAUGCUGUCUUUUCUCUAAUAAGAGAUUUAUUAAUUCAUUACUAGGCAUUUAUUUGCAAGUCACAUACAAUUAAAAAUGGGAAAAUGUUAAUUUUCUUUAACAUUCUUACUACAGUAUUACUUAAUUCAUUAUUAGUUUUAAUAUGAGAAAUUGAACUUUCCAGUCUGUGUUCCCACCAAUGCUAGCCCUGGGUCCUCCGCAGCGACAUCAUAUUGUUGUUUACUUUCAUGCUCAAUUAAAAGAUGGUAUGACAGCAAAUGAAAUGGAAAAGCAAAUCAGUUUUAAUCCACUGGAAGUAGAUGCUUGUGUAUGGGUGGAUAAGGAGAUGAUCUCUGCAAUUGUCCAGUCUUAUGAAGAUGAUUCCAUUAAAUCAUUUAUACACCUCCCACAAUUUGUCAGGUAUGUCUAACAUUUAUUAAAAAAUUGUAACUUUGAGGCCUAAGUUAUGUUAUAUCAAUAUUCAUUAAAUUUAAAAUAAUUUUAUGUACCAGGUAUGUUAAUAUAGAACUUCUUUUAAUUGCUUGUUGAUUGCCAAAAUAGUUUACUGAUACACAAACCUCUCAUUCAUAUAUAUUAUCUAGCAUUGAGUAACAAGCUGGUCUUUUUUACUGCUACGAAACAAACAUUGUUCUGGGAGUUUUGAAAUGGUUUUGGACAUAUUUUUCAUAAACUUGUUUAUUUAAAGGCAAGUAUACAAGCUCAAUUCUGUGAAUGAAAAUAUACCACCCUAUUUCUUAACAAAACAAUAUCCAUUGAAACGAUCCUAACUUUUUUAUAUUUUUUUAUAUUUUCUCAAACUCAGAGCCCUAACCCUAGAUGAAAAUCAGAAACAAUGUACAACAGAUUUACCCACUGCACCUUUGUUCAAUGUUCUGUCAUCAGAACUCAAUGACACUGAAAGGGUUAGUACAGGCACCAAGUUUGCUCUUCAGCAAUACCUCAAGAAAUUUGGAAAUUAAUUUAAAUAAGAUUGCAUGACAAAACUUACACAGUAAAAGUUAAAGAAUAAACAUUAUUUUAUAGCUGUGUGUAUUUUUCUGGAAUUAAAACAAUUUUUAUUUCAUUCUAUAUAAAUAUAUUUUUAUAAAACUUCACCUAAAAUAUUUGCAAAACAAAUAAUUGUUAAUUAUUAUUGUUUAAUUUUUAGUAAUACUUUACUUCUUUUUUUAAAUUUUUUUUAAAAUAAAAUAUUCAUUUAAAAUUUAAAAAUAUUUUGUUUAAAAAAUUGUGUUUUUACACUUGCAAGAAAUAGUAGCAUGAUGGAUUGGGAAUAUGUGAUUAAUGAAGAUUCAAGGAUUUAAAACAGUAAAGGAGAUUUUAUUGACUGGUUUUAUUGUACACAAAAUACUUGACAUAUUUAUGAACAAUGCCUUCCAGAUUAAAUUAAGUUCAAAAUUAAUUUUUUUAUAUCAU